CAGUUUCACAUCACUCAAGAGAAGACUUCUAUCAGAACAGCAUCAUCGACGAGAAUGGGGAAGGUGGAGGGCAGGAGAAUGGGGAAUUUAUUACUUCUGCUCUUAACUCUCUUUGCCACCUGCUACAGUCAGAAUGUUCCUGUCAUUAAUAUGUCUGUGGUGACAUUGAUGGAAGAUCUACGUCCAGGUGAGUUCGCAUUUAAAAUCAAAGCAUAUGAUCUAGACAAUGACCCUCUUACCUAUCGGAUCACUGGAGACAAUAAUCACUUCAGUGUGACUGAACAUACUGGUGAUGUCUACAUCAAAACUCCACUCGACCGAGAGACUGAAGACUUCUUUACAGUAAAUGUCAUUGUUAGCGAUGGGAUUCUUGAUGCGACAUCAAAACCUGUUAACAUUGUGGUGCUAGACGCAAAUGACAACGCACCAAGGUUCGAAAAUGCACCGUACAACAUAAAAGUGCCAGAGAACACCCCUGUGGGCACUACAGUGUUGAAAGUGACAGCGUCGGAUCCUGAUGAAGGCUCAGCCGGGAUAGUCUCAUACAGAAUCGAUCAGGCCAUCCCAGUUGAAGGACUCACCAUGUUCUCUAUCUCAAGAGACAAAGGAGAUGUUGUGUUGAAUGAGGCACUCAAUUUCACAGAGAAGAGCACAUUUUAUCAGCUACUGCUUGAUGCGUCUGAUGGCGGUGGACCACUUUACGGAAAUCCCAACUACUUUCAGUCCUCCAACAUCACUGCCUUCAUCACAAUAGUUGAUGUAGCAGAUAUCGAUCCUCAGUUCCUAAAUCUUCCAAACACAGCUCUUGUGAAGGAGCAUUCGCCGAUUGGAACAUCCGUGUUCAAGGCUGUAGCCAGAGAUCCAGACACAGGGAUCAACUACGCCAUCAGUUACACCAUUGAUGACUCCAGCGUGAACGGUCUGUUCAAAAUAGACUCGGAUACUGGCGUUGUUUCUGUCAUGGCCGAAAUUGACCGUGAGGCCUUACUGGACAGUGGUGGUGCUUCUGUGACACUCACUGUGAAGGCCACUGAAGCUGGCUUGAAUGUGAAUGGCAUCCACGCGAGCACCACAUCUACGCUCGAUAUCCAGAUUGAUGAUGUGAAUGACCAACCGCCGAUGUUUUACAACUGCACAGGGACAGAGUGCAUACAGACAAACGACUUCAGCGGCGAAGUGGACGAGCAUGCAUCUGUUGGUCUGUCCAUCACAGGAUUAAACAUGAUUGUCAAAGAUAAAGAUGCGGGCGAGAACAGCCGUUUCCUGCUCCGCCUUGAGGGACCGUAUAAGGAUGCGUUUUCUGUCUCACCUAUAAAUGACAUGUCGGAACGAGCUGUGCUGAUCCUGAUCAAAAACCCAGCUGCUGUCGACUACGAGAAAAGCAAAACCAUGAUUGUGCAGGUGGUGGCCACAGAUGCCAACAAACCUGAGUUUGUGUCGACAGCUACAGUCACCAUUAAAGUCAACGACAUCAAUGAUAACAUCCCAGUAUUUGAAAAAGAUGCUUAUAAUUUAGCUGUUCCAGAGCACUGCGAAAAUGGCAUCAUCUUGGAAACCAUUACGGCGACAGACAUGGACGAGCUGGACAAUGGCCUCCUCACCUACAAACUGCUCCCUGAUAGCAUACUGCCCUUAUUUGAUGUCUUCUCAAACAAUGGGUCCGUUUAUGUGAAAAAUGGAAAAGAGCUGGACCGCGAGCGCAAGAACUCAUACUCUGCAACUCUGCAGGCUCGAGACUCAGUGGGGAAUGUGGGCACCACCGUGCUGGAGAUCUCCAUUGAGGACAUAAAUGACCAGACACCGCAGUUUCUCAGAAAUCCAUAUGAGGUCUUCAUUCGUGAGAACGAAGUUCUGAAGACUACUGUCACUGCUCGAGAUGAUGAUGAGCCAGGUACUCCCAACAGUGCAAUCAAGUACAGCAUUGUGCCUGGUGAAUACAGUAGCAACUUCACAAUCAAUGAGAACACUGGCGAAAUAACAAGCAACAGCCCUCUGGACCGCGAAGACAUUGAUAUCAAGCUGAAUGGAGUGAUCAAGCUGAACGUGAGAGCCACAGACAUGGGCACGCCAGCUCUGUCCUCUUCGGUCGAAUUGAUCAUCAACGUCGAUGAUGUAAAUGACAACUCACCUGUGUUCCUGCAAUCAGAAUACACCUUUCAUGUGAAAGAAAGCGAAGGAGGCGUCACUGUGGGUUUUGUGUACGCAACCGAUGCUGAUCAAACCGUGUACAACAACCGCAUAUCAUUCAGCAUUAAAGCUGGCAGCGGAGGCACCUUCCUGUGUGUGUCAGAACCUGACGGUGCAAACUACCGAGGUAAGAUCAUGGUGGAUCCGGAUAGCGCGCUGAACUAUGAGAGUGAAAACAAGAAGUACACGUUGACGGUUGAGGCCACAGACCUGAGUGGGAAUACUGCUACGUGCACGGUGCAUAUAGUGGUGGAAGAUGUAAAUGACACGCCGCCAAUUUUCCCUACUGGGAUAACGAUGAAGGUGGAGGAGAACACACCGGCGGGGAAGGAAAUAGGCAAAAUUGAUGGGAGCGACUUGGACACGAACCACUCGCUGGUCUAUGAGCUUGUUUCCACCUCAUGCCACUGUAACCUCACAUGGGCUCCGUGUAAGGAGCAGUGGUUCGUUCUUGAGCGCAAUGGGGCUGUGGUGACUGCUGAGGGUAUAACAAUCGAUUACGAGGAGUGCACUCAGGUGGAAAUGAAGGCUCGAGUGGUGGACCUUUACACGGAGAAGGGCAGGAACAGCACAGAAGGUGUUGUCAUGAUUGAUAUCAUUGACGUGAAUGACAAUGCACCAGUGUUCAUCCCAGUCCAGGAAUUUUUUGUCCUGAUUUCUGAGAACAUUGACCAAGACAAGAGUGUGGCCCGGGUUUAUGCCAAGGACAGAGAUUCGGGAGUCAAUAAGGAGAUUGUGUUUCAAGUCGUUUUAGUGGAGUUUGCCAGCACCAACCCGAACGACAAGCCAAAGCCGAUAAACCUCAUUUUCUACGCUGAGACCGAGCAGCCGGAUCCUGAGGGAAACUACAGAGGAGUUAUCAAGUCCAGAAAUAUCCUAGAAGCUGAUCAACAGGGGAAGUACUUGGUGACUGUGGCAGCAAAUAAUGGCAUUCUCAGUACAAAUGAGACACUGGAGCUCAUCACGGUGGACAAGUCUUACAAAGUCAGCCUCCGAUUUGAUUCGUCAUUAGAUGAAGUGAACGAAAACCUCCCAUACAUCAGAGAGGCCCUGAUGGGAGCCACAAAAGCAAUGGUGCAUAUAUUUAAAGUGUCAGUCGACACAAGCGACACCACGCAGAGGAAAGUGAUGACCAUUCUAGAGGUGUACUUCGUGUACCUGAAUGGGACAGCCCUCAGCUCUGAAGACGUGGGGAGGAUCCUGAACUCGCAGGCCGUGUAUGAAGAGUACGGCGUCAUCUUGCAGCAGCUUGGUCUCACCGGCAUUAGGGCAACCACAGAGACGACAAAAGAAAACAACACAGUGUUGUUCAUCAUGGUGGGACUCGUGGCAGGGCUCGUGAUCGUCCUGAUCGUCACCACAACGUCAAUGAUUUGCAUUAGGAAAAAGUACAAGACAAAGCUGAAGGCAGCCAAGGCCAUGAACACGGCAGCCAUGGCGGCUACUGAGUACCAGAAGGAUGGGCCUGUUGUUCCUGGAACCAACAAAUACACCAGAGAGGGGGCGAAUCCAAUCCUCAACCUGAACAUUGAUGCUUCCACAGACCUAGGCUUUGAUGAGGAGGCAUCUAGUGCAGACAGAGAGAGCCUGAAUUCUCUGGAUGACAACAUGGACAUGAAUGUGGCUGGCAAGGACAAUAUGCCAAUGAUGAUGAUUGAGGAAGAAGAGGAAAAUGGCGGCAACUCUUCAUACAUCGAACCGCUGGAUGCAGCUUUGGCUCAUAGAGGGAAGAAGAAAGGAUCGCAGAGUCCCAGCCUUACCUUUGACAACCCAUCUCUCGACACCACAGACCUGUAACACACCAUCACUCAGCUCUGAGCUGAAACUGGAAACAUCAGCACUCUUCCAUCAGCCAUAAAGCCAUACGGCUGGUUCUAUAAAUUAAACAGUGUACAGUCAGCUCCUGUGGGUUAACAUGCAGUUUUGUUUUGUUUUUCAAUACCUCAGGAAAUAAGAUUAAAAAUUAGAGAUGAAAGCUUUCUCUUGUGCAAAUGUCAUAAUAAUAAAAGGCGUGAAUUAAUGUUAAUGUCACAGAGUUAGUUUUUAAAUGUAACAGCCCGAUUGGGUGCACACUUUCGUUUGACUCGUUUGGAACUGGAUUGUAGAAAUCUGUGAUGUUUUCAAAAUCUUGUCUUAAAAAUCCACAGCGCUGCUCUGUUUUAUGUGCAGAAGAGAGAAAUUAUCAUUCCUCCUCCUUUACAUUAGCACAGUAAAUCACUUUAUUAUAUUUUACACUUAUAAUUUUACAUGGCUAUAUCUUUUAUGUAUGUUUUGAUUUGGUGGUGUUGUUUUUUUUCCUAUUACAUUUUCUCAUGUAACCGGCGAAGGUAUCAUAAUCCUCAUUGGAAAUAAAUAUUUAUACCACAGUG